AGAUGAUUUCAAUAGUAUUUCUUCUAAUCUUGUGAAUCAAAAGUUUAAAAGUAUCGCAUUUCCUUGUGACUGAAUAUGAUAACAUUUUAGAAAUCUUGUUUUGUGGUUUUGGGUAACUGAGAAUAAUACCAAUUUGUAGACACACUAGAUAAAUGGAACAACGUUUUCCCUUCAAGUUGGGUUUCUUAGGUGGAGGUGUUAUGGCAGAAGCAAUCGUUCGAGGUAUUAUAGAGAAGAAACUAGUCGAUCGGUCUGCUGUUACUGUCUAUGAUGUGGUCGAAUCUCGCCUGGAACUGUUUCAGAAAAUGGGAGUAGGAACCUGUAAAAACAGUUUUGAGUUAUUAGAUUCUGACGUUAUUGUUUUGGCAGUAAAGCCUGAUGUUGUACCUGAAGCUCUUAGGUCUGUGAAGGACGGUUGGAAACCAGAAAAGCACCUAUUGGUUUCCAUUUGCGCGGGCGUGGGCAUCGGAACACUGGAGUCGCACUUAGUUAGUAAAUCUAAAGUUAUUCGAGUAAUGCCAAAUACACCUUGUUUGGUUGGAGAAGCUGCGGUCGCCUUCUCUUGUGGUUCGUUUGCAACAGCUGAUGAUCAAAGAAUCGUAGAAAAGAUUUUCUCUUCAGUUGGCUUAGCUCAGUGUGUACCCGAAAAGUUAUUAGACGCUGUAACAGGAGUGAGUGGAAGUGGACCAGCAUAUGUCUAUAUGUUUAUUGAAGCUUUGGCAGAUGGUGGUGUUCUGAAUGGCUUGCCCAGAGAUGUUUCACUAUCUUUAGCCACACAAACAGUUUUGGGUGCAGCUAAGAUGGUGGCCAGUGGUAACGAACAUCCAGCAAAACUUCGCAACGCAGUGGAGUCGCCAGGUGGCACUACUAUUCAUGGAACUUCUACUUUAGAAAAACAUCACUUUCGUAACGCUGUUAUCCAAGCAGUUACUGCUGCCACUAAUAGAGCGAAGGAACUGGGUGGAAGCAAGUAACGAUAUGGAGAGAAAGUAGCUUAAAUGUUGUCACUGGUUAAUAAAGAAAAAUGGAAAAUG